CCUUACAAUUUCAAAAAACAAAAAUUGUGUUUCCCAUUCAAGAACACUACUAAUACUCAAUAUUCAAGAAAACAACAUUUUUUUUUUCUCCAUGGAGGGACUAUGUGUAAAGCUUUUUGAAGCAUCAAGAAAGUACAAAAUGAAGAGACAUAAAGCUGAAGCAAUAGGAAUGGUAGAUAGUUUUGAGGCAAGUCAUGAAGGGAUCAAAACUGUUGAUAUCCAAAAACGUUGUGAGUUCUCUGGAACUUCUCAUCUUUGCAUCUAUUUCGUCACUUGGAAUAUGAACGGUCAGGUACCUUGUGAGGAUAUAGCAAAAUUAGUUGGUGAAGACAGAAAAUAUGAUUUAUUGGUGAUGGGUUUGCAAGAGGCACCUCGAAAUAAUAUUUGCAAGUUAUUGAAGAACACAUUGGCUGAUACUCAUAUGCUUUUAGGAAAAUCGGUAAUGCAAUCUGUACAACUCUAUGUGUUUGGCCCCAAGAAUUCAGAGCAAUUUACAAGAGAAGUAAAAGUGGAUAAGCAUGAAGUUGGAGGAUUGGGUUGGUUAAUCAGAAGAAAAAAAGGAGCAGUGGCUAUUAAAAUUAGCUACAAAGGCAUACAAAUGGUUUUUAUUUCUUGCCACCUCUCUGCUCAUGCUCGUAAUGUAGAAGAGAGGAAUUUGCAGUUCAAACAUAUAUCAAAUUCACUUUUCUCAAAGAAUAGGAAUCCUUAUGCUAAAUCAGCACAACUUACUGUAUGGUUAGGAGAUUUAAAUUAUAGACUCCAAGGCAUAAAUUCCUAUCCUGCUAGAGAUCUCAUCCAUGGAAAUCUCCACCAAAUGCUAACUAGUAAAGAUCAACUUUUACAAGAAGCAGAAAGAGGAGAGAUUUUUAAUGGUUAUUGUGAAGGUGCAUUAGAUUUCAAACCAACUUAUAAAUAUGAUAUUGGAAGCAGCAGUUAUGAUACAAGUCACAAGGUUAGAGUACCAUCAUGGACAGACAGAAUAUUAUUCAAGAUAGACAGUAACAAUAUAAAUGCAACGUUACAUUCUUAUGAAGCCAUUGAAAGCAUUCAAAGCUCUGAUCAUAAGCCAGUCAAAGCUCAUCUAUGCUUAAAAUUGAACAAAUAAUUGGUAUUCAUAUUCCUCAACAAAUAAACAUUAAUCGAUUUGUUCCAAAAUUAAAUGUUUUUAUUAAGUACAUUAAUGAAUGAUUAAUUAAUUAAUUAA